AGUUGUGGCCACAGAGGCACACAGGGGGCUUUAAACGGCAAAACCGGUGAAGUAAUGGAAUCGUGGCGGUCAUGGGCAUGCCGUUAGAAUCUCUCUUCUUUUCGUCUCGAUCCGUACAAACAUAGAACCUACACAAAGCGAGGGAGAUUCAGAUUUCAGACUUAGAAGGAGGAGAAGGAAAGAAAAAAAAAAAAGAAAGAGAGAAAGAGUUAAUAUUUGUUUUGUUAUAAGGGAUUUGUUUUUGGGUUAAAUGUUUGCAUUCCGAUAACGACGACACUCAAUCUCUUGCUUCGUUACAAAACAGAGAUUUCGAAGAAACCCAGGAAGAGCUUUCUUUCCUUGAAGAAAUCCGAACCCCUCCUUCUUCAGCUGCGCUUUUGACUGGACCUUCGGUGAAAUUAAAGGUUUGCAUAAAGGGUCUUUUCCUGGUUUUUAUACAUCUUUCUUCUUCAGUUUUUUCUUGAGUGUUAUCUGAAGAUGGGGGAUCACUUCGUGUUGCUGGUUGAUCGAUUACUGACUGAGUCAACUCUGGAAGCUGCAAUUGAGAGCAGAAACAGGUCUUUACAAGCCAGUCCCACGGUAGUUGAAGCUACAAUUAAAGAAUUUUCUUCCCAUCGUAUGGAUUUCAAUCCUGGAUCAUCUCCGGGGAAAUUGGUGGAGUGCAGAAUUUGCCAGGAUGAGGAUGAAGACUCAAACAUGGAGACACCUUGCUCUUGCUGUGGCAGCUUGAAGUAUGCUCAUCGCAGAUGCGUCCAGAGGUGGUGCAAUGAGAAGGGUGACACUAUGUGUGAGAUAUGUCACCAGCAAUUUAAGCCAGGUUAUACAGCACCACCUAAGCUGUUCCAUUAUGGGGGUAUUCCUAUGAACUUCAGGGGCAAUUGGGAGAUUUCCAGAAGGGACCUGCAUAAUCCUCGAUUUAUAGCAAUGGUUGCAACUGAGCGUAACUUCUUGGAUCCUGACUAUGAUGAGUAUUCAGCCGCCACUUCAAGAAGUCUGCUGUGCUGCCGCACAGUGGCUAUAAUUUUCAUGGUUCUUCUGGUUCUAAGACAUACACUACCAAUUGUAGUUAGUGGGGCUGUGGAGUAUUCAUUUCCACUAUUAAUGUUGUUAAUAUUGAGAACUGCGGGGAUUCUUCUUCCAAUAUAUAUAAUGGUGAAGGCAGUAAUGGCCAUACGACGUCGGCGACAGCAACAGGAGGCUCAAAUGUCCUUUACAGAGUCUGAUGAAGAAAAUGAACAGCCUAAUCUACAGUCCCAACCACACGUCAUUCGUAUUCACUAAGCUACUAUACCACUGACAUCUAAGUAGGUUGAUGAAAGAAUGAAAAAGGAAAGAAAAGAAUAUUUGAUGACGGUCAGCUCUUUGAUCCCAAGCUAUAUAACGUGAAGAACACGCUUACCAUUAGCUGAGAGAAGGCAAUCGUCAUCAGCCACAAUCAAAUAUGGGAUGAGAAAAGAAUUAGAUGAUUUGAAUGAAGGUGUUCUUAUCAGUUAAUAAUACUAAACUGAGUUUUUGCAUCCAGGGACAUGAAAGCGUCCUCUUGGCGAUAAAUUCAGCAACCGAUUCUCUGGUGGAUGAUUUUCAGUUACAGUUCCAGUUAGUUUUCAGAUACAUGUUACAUAUUCAUUUCAUAUUUCAUCUGAAAGCUAAAUGUAUACCGAAAUAUCAUAUUCACUUGUAUAUGUAUAGUCUAUGUAAGAUUAUCAGCCAUGCAAUCAAAGAUGAAGGGCUCAUUCUGUAUAUACUUUGUUUCAUUGAAUUCUCACAUGGAAUUUGUGAGACUCUUGUGGAACUGUUGUAUUGUUGACCCUCUGUAUUGUAUUAGAAAAAUGAAAAUCAAAA